AUGGCAGACAUCCUCACGCAACUCCAAACCUGCCUGGACCAGCUCGCAACCCAAUUCUACGCAACCCUCUGCUACCUCACAACCUACCACGACAACAUCCCCGCGACGCCACCCCCGACAACCACAACGCCGAGCGCCGCACCCCUCCUCGCAAAAAUCCCCAAGAACGCAUCAACACCCCCGGUGCCCGCGUCCGCGCCCCAAGCAGCACAAUCCCAAUCGCAAGCGUCGCCGCCACCACCCGACAGCACCAACCCCCCGGGCCAGGGACCGAAUGCAGACAACCAACAGCAACAAAACGCAGAUGGGACAGCAGAAGGGUUACCUGCGCCGGAUAGUCCCGCUACGUUUGCUGCGCGGCAGAGGGAGUUGGCGCGGGACCUGGUGAUUAAGGAGCAGCAGAUCGAAUACUUGAUUAGUGUGUUGCCCGGGAUAGAUAGUAGUGAGGCGGAGCAGGAGAGAAGGAUUCGGGAACUGGAGGGGGAGUUGAGGGUUGUGGAGGGGGUGAGGGAGGAGAGGAGGAGGGAGUUGGGGGUGUUGAGGAAGAGGUUGGAGGGGGUUUUGGGGGUGGUGGAGAGGGGGAUUUAUUCUAGGGGUUAG